AUGUCCGCAUUUCUCGAACACGAGGCGGCCACGCAGGCCGGGCCCCUCUUCAACAUCCGUCGCCAGCUGUUCCAGUCUGUCCCGCUCAUCCCAUCGGACGUCAGCCUGGUGGGCAAGACCGCGCUGGUCACGGGCGCCAAUGUCGGCCUCGGGCUGGCGUGCGCGCGCCAUUUCUUGGCGCUGGGUGCCAGCCGGCUCGUCAUGGCCGUGCGGACAGUCAGCAAGGGCGAGGUGGAAGCGGCCAAACUCCGGAGAGCCUUCCCCGACGCGCAAAUUGACGUCUGGCCGCUCGACCUGGCGAAGCCCGCGUCGUCGGUGCGGGCGUUUGCGGCCCGGUGUGCCCGGGAGCUGGGGGGCCCAGAGAGCCCGGGCCGUCGGCUGCACGUGGCCGUCCUCAAUGCCGGUCUGGGCAAGCACAGCUUUGUCCGGACGCCCGAGGGCCACAAGCGAGAGACGACGCUGCAGGUCAACUACCUGUCGACCGCGCUGCUGGGGCUGCUCCUGCUACCCCUCUUGAAACCCGCGACAACGACAGCGACCGGCACCACCGACGCGGCGGCCGGCCGGCUGACCAUCAUCACAUCGGACGCGGCCUUGGGUGCCACAUGGCCCGCGUCAGUGUCGGCGGGUGCUGUGCGCACGGGCCGCGGCAUCCUUGACGCGCUCGACGACCCGGCCCAUUUCGAGGCCUUCCCCCAGUACUGCCGCACCAAGAUGCUGGCCGUCGCCUUUGCGGCCAAGCUCGCCGCCGACGUUGUGUCCCCCGACGACGUCGUCGUCAACACCUGCAACCCGGGCGCCACCAAGGGCACCGCCUUUUUGUCGGGCGUCGACUCGUGGGCCGUCAAGGCCGUCUUCCGUACGUUGUUUGCCGUGCUGGGCCGGCAGCCCGCCGACGCCGCCCGGGCGUACGUGCACGCGAGCCUGGUGCUCGGCAAAGAGAGCCACGGGUCCUUUACCGACUGGAAGGUGCGCAGCUGGCCGGUGGCCCUCUACGGCGCAGCGGGACGCGCGAUGAUGGACAAGUUGUGGGACGAAACGCUGGCGGAGCUUGGAUUUGCCAGCGAGGCAGACGUCUUACAGGCGGUGCACAAGCAGGCGUAG